CAACGAAGCGCUUAAACCGUCGCAUCGGUCAUUCAACUUUGCCUUUUCGGCUUUUUCCCAAUUCAAAGUUUCUGUCCUUUCGAUUCCCCCAAUUUUCGAUUUGAAAUUUUUUUUAGGGUUUCGUUUUUGUUGAGUUCUGAAUCGAACAACUCUUGGAAUUUAGUAUCAAAUUGCACUUGCGGAGUUUAGAGAAGCCCAAUGUCGGCAUCGACAGUGUCGAUUACGGCGAACCCCGGUACUCGGCGGAGGUCGGCGGUAGUGGUAUCGACAGAGAAGUCAAAAAAUAUUGAGUUGAUCUCUGCGGAGCCUCAACACAAGGCCGGUGACGAUAAAUCCACCACCGGUAAUGGCAGAGAUCUGAGUCACCACUCGAUUAGAGGUGAGGCUAUUCUCGAGCGAACCUCAAGGGAUGCCGUACAGACUAAGAAAACGACCUCCACAGUUUCCCCUCCGGUGACAACCACCGCUCGUCGGAGUCGGAAGGUCGCCUCUCCGAAGCCCCGUUGGGUCACUGUCCUCAGCGUCUUCACUAAGAAUUUCCUUCUUCUGAUUUUGCUGGCUGGUCUGGUUCAGAUUGUCAGGAGGUUUGCCUUGCGAUCUGAAGAUGGUGGGGAAGGCCCACCUUUGGCGUUUUCUGAUUUCGAAGGGCGAAUUGCGGAAAUAGAGAAGCUUUUUAAGUCCACCACGAGGAUGAUGCAGGUUCAAGUGGAGGUCGUUGAUCGGAAGAUUGAUAAUGAGGUAGGAGGGUUGAGAGAAGAAGUUGGGAAAAUGAUCGAGGAAAAAGGGUCUGUAUUAGAUAAUCGAUUGAUCGAAUUGGAGUCCAAGGGUGAAGCUUUAGAGAGGUCAUUGGGUGAGUUGAAAGAUGUUAAUUGGUUGUCUAAGGAGGAGUUUGAUAAGAUUUAUGAGCAACUGCAGAAAAAAGUUACGGGAGAUGAUGCUGGUAAAGGGGAAGCUAGUUUGAAUGAUAUCAGGGUGUAUGCGAGGGAUGCGGUACUGAAGGAGAUUGAGAAACACGCUGCUGACGGGCUUGGGCGGGUGGAUUAUGCUUUGGCUAGUGGUGGAGCCAUGGUUGUGAGGCACUCUGAACCUUAUGUGGUAGUAAAAGGAAGCAAUUGGUUUCCAAUGAGUGCAAGAAAUGGGGUUAAUAAUGAUGCGAGAAAGAUGCUGAACCCGAGUUUUGGAGAGCCAGGACAAUGUUUUGCAUUGAAAGGCAGUAGUGGGUUUGUCGAGAUUAGGCUGAGGACAGCAAUUAUUCCUGAAGCCGUUACCUUGGAACAUGUUGCCAAGAGCGUUGCUUUCGACAGAUCAAGUGCUCCCAAGAAUUGCAGAAUCUCUGGGUGGCUGCAAGAGCAUAAUAUUGAAUGGUCAUAUGAUUCCGAGAAGAUGUUUCUUUUAGCUGAGUUCAGCUAUGACCUUGAGAAGAGCAAUGCACAGACCUUCAAUGUGUUGGAGUCGGCAGGUUCUAACGUUGUUGAUACUAUCAGGUUUGAUUUUACUUCCAACCACGGAAGCCCUUCUCAUACUUGCAUUUAUCGCUUGAGGAUGCACGGCCAUGAACCAUACUCAGUUUCUAUGAUGCCAAUGCAAUCUUGACACCACCCAUGUAUUCCAUUCUUGUAAUAUUUCUCUCUCUCUCUCUCUCUCUCUCUCUCUCUUAAUCGGAUCUAGUUACAGAGCUUGAGUUGUAUCUCUCAUCAUUAGAUUCUGGAUCUAGUCAGGUAUUUUGCUUGUAUCUAGGUUUUUCUAGUGUAAUCAAAUUGAUGUGUAUUUUACGGAAGUCAAAUAGGAUGGUUUCGCUGCUUGGACAUUAAUUGGGUGAUAUGGUUUUUUGGGUCUGGAUAAAAAAGUGUUGUGCAUUCCAACUGUGAGGUAGACAAUAUUUUAGGUAAUGAAUAUGAUGUGAUAUUGAAUUGGGCCGAAAA